UAAUUUUAGAGACAGAAAUGCCGAAAAGAAAACUCGUUACAUCUGACACAACUGAAAGAGACUGGCUGCGGAAAAACGUUCCCACACGUACUUUGACCAGAUGGAAAAAAAGAAAAAUCAACAGAGCUUUGACUGACAUCGGGAAGCACACCACGCAACACGGAAGUGAUGUAGAUGAUGGCAAGAGAGAAGAACUGAGAGCAGAAACUCUUAGAGUUCCACAGGAAAGUGAAGAUACCACCCAGAGAGACGAGCAGAUAGCAGAUUCUCGCACAGUGCCAUGGGAAAGCGUGGAAGAUAAUAGUCAGAUAGAACAGAGAGCACAACCUUUCAGAGUUCCACAGGAUUACAUUGAAGUUGCCACCCAAAGGCAGGAGCAAAGAACUGAACCUUUCACAGUGGUACAGGAGAAUUUCCCUCAAGAAGGAGGUGAUGUCCACUCCUCCCAUGGACUAACAGAAGAGCAAAGCAUCAUCUCAAUUCUCUCAUUUGCAUUGAGACACAACACUACAGGUGUAUUAUUGGAGGACCUGCUGAAACUGCUCAAGUUACAUUCUGGUGGGACUACUGCAGUUCCAACAAGCAAGUAUUUUCUGGAAAAACCAUUAGCUGAUAUUACAGAGCAGUUUGGACGACAUCACUACUGUAGAGUUUGUACUAAGUACAUUGGUUCCUCACAAUCUUUAGAAGAAACACUUAAAUGUGUCUCAUGUUCCUUAUUCACAACUGCGAAAGCCAGUUUGGAGGAAGGUAGUUUUUUUAUUAGUAUACCAUUAAAAGAUCAGCUGAAAGAUAUUCUUGAAAACCACGGUAUGCAUGAUCUAUGUUUUUGUGCUGAUGCCAGUGGGAGGCAUGUAAUAAAUGACAUGUGUGAUGGCAGCUUGUACCAGACCAUAAAGGCUAACAGUGAAGAGGAUUUUCUAUCACUCACAUUCAACUGUGAUGGUGUACCAGUUUUUCAGUCCUCCAGAUUUAGUAUUUGGCCAAUAUUGUGCUGUGUUAACGAGAUACCACCUGAGAAUUUACCAGUGUUUGAUCUUAUCAAUGGGAUGGUCCCUGACUACAUGCACUGUGGUCACGUGAAGCUUUCUGACUUCGGUUUGUGCACGGGGCUGAAGAGGGCCCAUCGUACGGAGUUCUACAAAAACCUGAACCACAGCCUGCCCAGUGACCUCACGAACUACCUGACUGCUAAUGAGGCAGCGCACAUCAUCACAUCCAUCCUCAGUGAGCUUAGGGAUCAAUGCUCAUCAGUCUGCAUCUGCUUCCUCUGUCAGCAGUUUCCUCCGCGGAGGAAAAAUCGGAUUAUCCGAAAUGACAGCAGAGUGAGCGAGUUGGCUGGCCGUCACUAUGAGGAAAUGUGGAGUGAACGUUGA